GAGAGAAGGAGAGUCAUUUUAAAUUCACGAAAAGAGAGAGAGAAAGAAGAAAGAAAGAGAAAGAGAGACUGACAGCACCUCUUUCUCUUUUCUCACUCCUCUGUCCCUGGCUUUGCCUUCUCUCUCCUCAUAGAUCCCAAAUUUACUAGGGACUAUUGUUCGGUGCGAUUUUGACCUUAUAGAUCGGCCUGAAGCUUUCAGUUAGCAGAUUUUGUUUAUUAUAAUUUUUCCUGGCUACCAGGAAAGUUUAAAAAAUGGACCAUGACAAGACUGGAUGCCAAGCUCCCCCGGAAGCUCCUAUAUUGUGCAUCAACAACUGUGGAUUUUUUGGAAGUGCUGCUACUAUGAACAUGUGUUCUAAGUGCCAUAAAGAUAUGAUGCUGAAACAAGAGCAGGCAAAGCUUGCAGCAUCGUCUAUUGGGAAUAUUAUGCAUGGUUCAUCGAGCAGCAGUGGAAAUGAACCUGCCAUUGCUACCAACGUGGAUAUCUCAGUCAAUUCAAUAGAGCCUAGAACUAUCUCUGCACAACCUUUGGUUGCUUCAGGUGCAAAGGAGAGUGACGAGGCAAAGCCCAAGGAUGGUCCGAAACGAUGCAGCAACUGUAAUAAGCGAGUUGGAUUAACAGGAUUUAAUUGUCGAUGUGGUAACCUUUUCUGUGCUGUACACCGCUACUCAGACAAACAUAAUUGCCCAUUUGAUUACCGCUCUGCUGCACGGGAUGCCAUAGCUAAAGCAAAUCCAGUUGUCAAGGCUGAGAAGCUUGAUAAGAUCUAGAUUUGGUGUCUUGAUAUUUCAUGCCUUGAAAUGCUGUUGUGCCCAAUGUCGUUAUCAUGAGAUGAUCCGAGUUUCCUGAAUAUUUUAAUGGUAUUCUUAGUAUAUUGUUAUAUGUGACGGGAGACUUGGAGUUAUAUGACAUCCCUGCAGUUUGAAGGACUAUAUUUCAUGUGAUUGGCGAAAGAAAUUUGCGCCAAUGUUUUAAUUUCAAGUCUUUAAAUCUCUGCUGGUUUGAUGGAAGUUGGUGCUGUUAGCAUUGUAAUGCGUCUAUUCUGUUCCUUAUCUCUGUAGUAGUACAUGUCAGAAUGGGAUGUGCAAUUUACAGAUGAUUUCAGGAGCAUCCACGGACAAUUGAACAUUUGGUUAGAUUGUAAUUAUUGUUUAUGGUUUCUUGGUUAUCUAUAAAUUUAUCUUGUUAAC